UUUCAUUACUUUCUCUCCUGAUCCGCAGUGUUUGUUGAGCGUCUGCCUGACUGGACCUGCUUCAUCAUGGCCGUCUGAAUCCAGACCCGAACGCCAGUGUGAUCCCCGUUUUCUCAGUCAUCCACCCCGAUCGCGCUGGGAAUCAUUUCUUUGGGAUUUUACUUCAUUUGUGCCAAUGUUCAAACAUGCAGCCCCCGCCAAGAAAGGUAAAAGUGACACAGGAAUUGAAGAACACACAUGCGGAGCAGCUCGGCCGCCUGCACCUCAAACACCAGACAGAAUGUGAUUUAUUGGAAGAUAUGAGAACUUACAGCCAGAAGAAGGCCACUCUGGAGAGAGAUUACGCACAGGCCCUGCAGAAGUUAGCGAGUCAAUAUUUGAAGAGAGACUGGCCCGGGAUUAAACCAGACGAUCAGAGGACAGACUACAGGAAUGUGUAUGGAGUGUGGCGAGCGUAUCUGGAAGGCACCGUUCAGGUGACCCAGUCUCGACUCAACGUCUGCGACAACUACAAAAACGAGAUUACAGAUCCUGCUAAAACCGUACGCCUCUACAAAGAGCAGCAGCUGAAAAAGUGCAUUGAGCAGCUGGGCCGCAUCCAGACCGAGCUCCAGGACUCAGUAAAGGAUCUGGCCAAGUCCAAGAAGAAAUACUUUGAGUUGGAGCAGAUGGCGCAGGCUGUGCGCGAGAAGGCCGACAUCGAGUCCAAGUCAAAGCUGGGCCUGUUCCAGUCCAGGAUAAGUUUACAGAAGGCCAGUGUGAAGUUGAAAGCAAAGAGGAGUGAUUGUAACUCUAAAGCGACGCACGCGAGGAACGAGUAUCUUCUUACGCUGGCGGCCGCCAACGCACAUCACGACCGCUACUACCAGACCGACCUGGUCAACUGCAUCAAGGGUCUGGAGGGGAACGUAUAUGACCAUGUGAAGGAUUAUCUGAUAUCCUUCUGUCGGACGGAGCUGGAAGCGUUUCAGGCCAUUCACAGCACCUUCCAGUUCCUCUUGGAGAAGUCCAGUCGAGUGAUGCAGGACUUUAACCAGCAGCUGUUCCUGCAGGAGAACCCAGUGUUUCACAAAGCACAAGACUUCCAGUUCCAGCCCAGUGACAGCGACACCACUGUGAGUUGCGUGCAGCAGCUGGUGGACAUUGAGCCGUCGGCGGUCAGUGUGAUGAGAAUGACUCUAGCGCAGAGUCGACAGCUUGAAUCGGAGACGGGAACCACUGAAGAACACAGUCUGAACAAAGAGGCUAGGAAAUGGGCCACACGUGUGGCUCGUGAACACAAGAACAUCAUCCAUUACAAACGGGCUCUGGAGGAAUGUGAGACUCUCGGGACUCCACCGACGGAGCAGAGUCGAAAUGAGCUGGAGUUCAGGAUAGAAGAAGCCAAGGAGAACAUCCGAAAAGCAGAGACGGUGAAGCUAAAAGCGGAGGCUCGUCUUGAUCUCCUCCGUCAGGUCGGGGUCUCUGUGGACACGUGGCUGAAGAGCGCCAUGAAUCAGGUGAUGGAGGAGCUGGAGAACGAGCGCUGGGCAUCUCUGCCCACCAUCACUGCCCACGAGCUCUCGCUGUCGACCACGGUGGAUUUAGACAGAGAAGAAGGAGAAGAAUUAGAGGAGAACAUGGAGACAUAUGACGACAGCAGCUCAAGUCCUUCAGGAACGCUGAGAAACUACCCGCUCACCUGCAAAGUCAUCUACUCCUACAAGGCUUCACAGCCCGAUGAACUCACCAUUGACGAGCAUGAGAUGCUGGAGGUGAUCGAGGAUGGAGACAUGGAGGACUGGGUGAAGGCGCGGAAUAAGACCGGGCAGGUGGGCUAUGUUCCAGAGAAGUACCUGCAGUUCCCCACUUCUAACAGUGUACUGAGCAUGCUCCAAUCCCUCGCCGCGCUGGACGCCAGAUCACACUCAUCCAGCAACUCCACUGAGCCUGAGCUGGCAUCAGGCAGCUUCAAUGGAGACAGCAGCAUGAGUUUUGUUAAGGCCAUGUACGACUAUGAGGGUCAGACGGACGAGGAGCUAUCGUUCCCUGAGGGCGCCAUCAUACGCAUCCUCAACAAGGACAACCAGGAGGACGACGGCUUCUGGGAGGGCGAGUUUAACGGCCGCGUGGGCGUCUUUCCCUCCGUCCUGGUGGAGGAUCUGACGGCCUCUGAAAACGGAGACGCUCACUGGGGAACAGACGCACAGGUGUCUCCAUGCCAAAGGCUUCACUCGUCUCUUCCUCCGCUGCCGCUGUACGAUCAGCCACCCUGCAGUCCGUUCACCAGCCCGGAGACAAGCAGCGCCCCGUCUCUGCCCCGCUCUCCCUCCGUCAACGGGGAACACAAGCUGCCCGUCCCGCAGAAAACCACAGCGCAGAAUCACAACUCCAGUUUAAGUCCAGAGAGUCCGGGAUUUUCUCAGCCACUGAGACUCACUCCUGACGGAUCCGGCCCUGGAAAACUCAGACCUGUUCGAGCGGCUCCUCCUCCUCCAAAGCAGCACGUUCGCCGAGCGGUGGAGAAAACCGAAGAGGUGGAGAUCACACUGGUGUAGAGCUGAGACCAACAACAGACACCACCUGACCUCUGACCCCUCCCACUCCUCACGGAAGGGGGCGGGGCAUGCGUUAUCCCACCCAAUGAGCAUCCUUAGAUCCCAGCGGGGGGCGGAGAACAGCGUCUCAAAAAGCUCCCUGUUUUACAUAAAGCAAACAAACAAACACCUCUUUUGGCGUCACAGACUGUUUGGUGCCUUAAACCGCUUUCAUGCCAAACUCUAAUCCUUGUAUUCGUAAUGACUUUUAUUGCGCAUCGGGAUCUGCCAGUACAUUCACUUCAUUUGGGUUGGCUCGUAAAAGCGUGCGGAGAGAAAUCAAAUACAAGGGUGCUAAAAAGAGGCUGCGCUUGCACAUCCAUCUCUUCAUCGGGCAUUUGAAGAGCUGAACAUGCAAUACAAGGAAUCAUGGGAGGAUACUAGAAAAGGGGGUCACCAAUAGUCCUACCAUUUAUGUAUUUCAUAUGUAAUAGCACAGUACAUUACUGUCGUCAUAGGAAUGUUAUAUUCACGUUCAACAUGGCAGAUCAUAUGGACGUCUCCAGGAGAAAGGGAACUGUACAUAAACGGAAAAAGAGGAGGGUUAGGAAAAAAGAGAGGAAGGCUGGUUACUUCGCUCUGUUUUUUUUUUGUACCCCUCGGUUCGGCUUGCUCUUCUGUCUUGUGUUGAUCUGAGAAGUACUAACUACAUAGCUAUAUCCUUUUCUUCAGCUUUUCAUUAUCAAGACCAGUGUUUGUAUGUAUUACUAAUAUUUAGUCCUCGAAAAAUUGAAUCUGAAGACGUUUCCGUAGACAUUUCGUUUCCGCCACCUUCAUGGAAAUAUACCCAUCAUUAUACGAGUAUCAGCUAAUGUGCUUUUUACACGCGGCUUAUAUUGAGCGUCACGGCAGUAUUGAAGAUUGUGAUGGGAUUCGUUCCCUCAAAAAGCACAGAAAAAGGCGGAUGGAAAGAUGGAUGAAGAUUUAAAGUGAUAGUUCACAUGUUGCUGUUCAUUUACUCAUUGAUUUUUUUUUUUUAGAACGUUAAAGGGACAGUUCACCCCAAUAAUGAGAAUUACCUCAUCGUUUACGCUCUCUUUUAAACCUGUAUGAGUUUCUCUUACAAAAGAAGAUAUUUAGAAGAAUGCUGGCAUCCACUGGCUUCCAUAAUAGGAACACAAAUUACUAUGGAAGUCAAUGGGUGCCAGCUUGAAGCAUUCUUUAAAAUAUCUUCUAUCAUGUACUAUUGUACACUAAUAGGUUUGGAACAAGUGAAGGGUGCGUGUACGAUGGCAGAAUUUCAUUUUUGGGUGGAAAAAAGUAGAUUUUUGUUGUCUGUGGGGAUUUUAAACAUCCCAGCAUCGCUUUUAGAGUCAGAAAAGCACAUACAGCCAAAGCGUUUAACUCCUGAUUGAUGAUUAAAGAGAUAUUUCAUUCAAAAAAUGAAACUUUUCU